UAUUCUCCCGUUCUUAAUCACAGUUUUUGGAAAAUAGGUAUCAUUCGGAUUAUAUGAGUAUAUCAGUUCAUCUCUCGUGUGAGUAGCAUCGUGGAAAUUUACUCUUUUUGCUCCAGUGUCUGCUUCAUCCUCAAAAUUUUUGUUGACGGUGUUCAUUGGUUGGACGAAGUCUGGAAUAUUUACCCUUUCUCUCGGUUUCUGAUCGGGGUUGCAAUACACAUAAUGUACUCUAGGAUAUACAUAGCUGUCUCCAGUCAUCUUUAUCCUGGCUUUCUUAUAGUUAAGGGCGGUGUUGUAGGCCGCUUGUAGUGUUUGCGUCGGCCGAAGACUCGAAACACUGCAUAGAAGACUAGAGCGAAAACAGAAACAACUGCCUUCGCCAAACACGCCAGAACACUAACACAAAGCACAACCAUGGCGGACAUCUCGAGAGCGGAUUAAAACGGUCUCAAGAGGACAGAAGGCAAAAAACUGAGUACGGAACGAACGGUCAGUAGCCUUUUAAAGGGACGCAGGUAGGCGAACCCCGAGAAAGACUGACGGAGCGAAAGAAACAUGAGACACCAAUCAGAUAACAAAUUUUCCGAGUAAGACCGGAAGGAAGGGACUCACCCCCACAAAAAGAACCAAUUAGAGGAAAACGCCACGCUCAAGAUGGCCGCGCCGAAAACAAGGAGGCAUGCCCACCACGACGACGAAAAACUGGAGAGGGAGAGACCCGGCGACGAUGGGACCGACAGCGUACGACCACCAUCAACAAGCUGAGCAGACCUCGGACUCUUAAUCCUGCAUCAAGUGAGAAAAAUGUUUUAAUUUUCAUCAUCUAGCUUUUAUCUAAAUUUAAAUUUAAUAUAAUUUUUACUAUACUAAAACAUGUUUUACUCCAUUACGUAGAGAAAUAAGUAUUACUUCAAUCAAAGAAUUGCCAUCUCGAUACAUACCUAUUCACAACAGCAAUAUACUACCAAUGAAGAGUAAAAAUUUGCAAAAAGUAUCUUUGCCAAUAAAGAAGAAUACACCAACUUGUACAAUAACGUCAGCUAGUAUUUCAUCAUCAACUCAAGAGCAAGAAAAUACCACACAAGUGUACUCUACCCUGCUAAACUCUCCACAAGAAAGUGCAUAUACAACAAAUGCUGCAAUAGAUAAACCUUUCGAUAUCAACGGCUUGCCAAUUUUUCAUGAAUUUGUAGAUCACAGCAGUACUGUACCUGAUACAGAAGUCGCGUCAUUAGAACUAACAGCGAUUUCACCACAACUUCUUCAUUCAUUUACUGAUCUAAUGGAUAUCGAUCUUGUAUUUUCACCACCCCGUGCAUUGAAGGACAAUGAAGAAUCAAUUUUAGAAAAAAAUAAAGAUGUCCCUAUGGUUGAUAACUCAUACGAGCAAGAAAAAAUUGCAGAGCAAAAUGUAGAAGAGGGAGACGGAGAAGACAGCGAAUAUAGUGAAGACGGCGAAGACGUCAAAGCUAGCGAAGACGACGAAGCUUGCGAAGAUGGCGAGAAAUAUGGAGAAGACGAAGGAGGCCGCCAAGAAGACAGACGAAAGCAAGAUGUGCAAGUACAAGAAGAAAUUGUACAGGUCCAAGAUAGACAGCGACAGCAAGCUACUGUAGAAGCUAAUGAUAUUCAUAGACAGGAAAUGCAUCCUGAUCGAAGACGGAGGGCUAUUGGAAACAAUGCGGAUAAAUUAUUACAACUGUAACAGCUGCAGCAUCGUGAAGAUAUAUGUUGUUCUUCUUGCCGUACACUUUUCCUGUAUAUGCUACAGGGUUACGAAGAAAUGGGAAUGAAACUUGACGAUUUUCUUCGAGUCGACCGACGUCCACGUGCUAAUAAUGUAGUGGAGGAACCAAUUUUUGAUACAUUGCAAAUGCUGCCAAUCAAUGACAGGCAUUCUUUAUUAGAAUUUGAUCAGCAUUUGACUGAUACAGUCCAUCGGCAAAUGAGAUCCCAAUUUGAACAGAAAAUUAGUUCACAUGAUGGAAACGAUUACAAGAAGUUAGUCCCUACCAUUCUGGCAGAUAUAAUGACGGAUGAUUUGGCAGAAAAUUGUACUUGGUUAAUCCUAAAAACCAACAAGAGCAAAAUAAGUCAUUAUAAUUUUCCAAAACUCAUAGCCAAAUUUAUUAAAAAGAAAUUCGACGUUGCCGAAAGUUUGGUUCAAGAACGUGUACAAAAAUGACUACAAAAAACAGGGGACCGUAAGAGAGCUAAGGAACAGCAAGCCAGGAGACAAGCUGAAAUCGAGCGUCGAGAAAGGGAGUUACUGAAUGAAUAAGUAAAGGCUUUACUGUAAAGUCGUACUAUAAUAGUCAUCGCGUGUGAAAAAACGUGGGCGCAAUGUUACU